AUGUCGGAUUCCCCCCAAUCCGCUGCUCCCAAGGAGGUUGACCAUGGUGCACCGUCACCCGACGACGAAGCACAAAUGAACGAGCAACAAGACCCACAAGCCGCAAACUCAGCGGGCUACGAGUAUGAGGGUGUAAAGGAACAGGAUCGAUGGUUGCCUAUAGCCAAUGCCCACCCAGCCGUGCAUAUCUGGAUCCCUCUCAUGUCUUGCGAUUCGUCCCCCAAAUCACCCAAAGCGCCUCGCGCCUCUAAGGCCGACAGGGCUGAUGAGCUUGAUGCUAACAUUCGAAACUUUGCUCCAGUUGCUCGUAUCAUGAAAAACGCACUACCUGAAAACGCAAAGAUCGCGAAAGAGGCCAAGGAGUGUAUGCAAGAAUGUGUCAGCGAAUUUAUCUCUUUCAUCACGAGCGAGGCGUCGGAGAAAUGCCAGCAAGAGAAACGCAAGACCGUCAAUGGGGAAGACAUUCUUUUCGCCAUGACGUCUCUCGGUUUCGAGAACUACGCGGAAGCGCUGAAAGUUUAUCUCAGCAAGUACAGAGAGCAACAGAAUCAGUCGAACCGCGAUCGAGUGGGGAUGGAUAGUAAUCCACAAUGGCUGAAUGAUGCCAAACCAGAGCCCAGUGCCGUGGGCGAGUUUGGACAGGACGGAAACGGCGUCGAAGCUGGGGGUGAUCCCAACUACAUUUAUGCCUCACAACCUGGCCACAAUGGCAACGCUGCCGAGGGCUACUAA